UGUUCAGUGAUGGAAGCCGCAGACGAAAGUCUGUUCCCUAUCGCAAUUUUAAUAGAUGAACUUCGGAACGAUGAAAUGCAAACCCGAUUGGCGAGUGUUAAAAAGUUGACUACUAUUGCGCUUGCUCUCGGGCCCGAACGAACCCGAAACGAGUUAAUUCCGUUUCUGGCAGAGAUCAUUUAUGAUGAAGAUGAAGUUCUCCGCGAAAUGGCCCAACAGUUGGCGGAAUUUGUACCAUUGGUUGGUGGAUCAGAGUAUGUGCACUGUUUGCUACCUCCUCUCGAGGGUUUGGCCUCUGUGGAAGAAACUGUCGUUCGAGAAAAGGCAAUAGAAACUUUGCGGUCCCUCGCACCAAGCUUUUCUCCUAAAGUGAGUUUAUCAACACAGUAUUCAAAAUUCCUGUUCAAAUUCGGUGAAAAAUGUCACACAUCCGAGCUGGUCUUCAUAUCGGACUCAGCUGUUUGCACCCAUUAUGCCGAAAAGCUAAGGCACCAGCUGAAGUCCCUAAAAAUUGAAGUAGUCAAACAGCGGGAUCAGACUAAAAGCCUAAUUCAUUUGUCACAAAAGUUGCAUGUGUACUUAAUCAUGAAUCCCGUCCAAGACCCUGGUUCUCUCAAGAAUAAGUAG